AUGCACAUUGCACCGAUCAGCAAAGGGCCUCUUUAUUACAGCAAUGAGCUCAAAGAUCUUUAUGAUUUUGCCUUGAAUUGCGCAGCGACUAAGGAAUCAUGUAGGGGAUCUCUAGGACACUUUGGAAUCGGAUUUUGGCACAACAGACAGUGCGAAGGAUUCUAUGAUAGGAUCUCCUCAUGUGCUUCAAAGAUAAUUAACAGUGACUCGGAGUGCUUGAAUGGCUGGAAUCCAGAAUAUGAGCUGUUUGAGUCGCUCAAAUUAGGAGGAUGCGAAGAUUUCGAGAAGAAGGUUGAGUGCUUCACAAAUGAGCUUUUGAUGAAGUGCGGAGCCGACGAAUUCAAAACAAUCGCGAAGUUCUCUGACGCAUUCUGCCAGCUAUUCUGCAAUAUGUUGUGA